CCGGGUGUGAGGGUACUUGCAUGAAAAAUAAAUUGAAUAUUGUUUAUUGCAAACUGUAGGAAAUCGAAAAAAAAUCGAUGCGUGUUUUUCUAUUAUGUCCAAAUAUGAUUAUUUCGGAAGUUAUAACAAAUAUUGAGUUAUAUAUAUAUAGAUAUACUGAGCAUGUGCGACGUCACAACUCACAACGUAUUAUACCUAAGUUAUGACGUCGGAAGGACACUUCAAAGCGUUGUAUCUCUGUCAAUUUUUGACUAACAAGAAAAAGAAAAAACACGUGUAGACUUAUUUUUCAAGGACUAUCGAAAUCAGCAAUAAAAAAAUUUCAUGCAAGGAGCCUAUUGGCCAUUGGGCCCAUAGCACCGUCUAGCAUUUUUGAACCGCUAAGGCGUCGCACCGGUGUCACACUCACACUGGGUGUGUCAUUCCUGAACUCGCCCUUGGGUUAUGCAAUUCUUAAGAGUUCUGAAUUGAAUAAUUUAUUGUUAUUGUUAUUGUUUGCAUUGGCAAAAAUAAUGAACUUUUCACUAGUUCCCUUGCACAAACACCCACAAUACCUUCAAGAAUGCUGCGAGCUACUAAACAGCGAAUGGAAAAGAAGCCUCACAGCCCGACUGCACAGCUUGAAGUCCUCUUCCGACGAUCUACCAGUGUCAUUCAUUCUUUUGCAAAAUAAAAGACUCAUUGGACAUUUAAAACUCAGCUCAAUUCCAAGUAUCAAGCAUGGAUGUUUUAUGGAAAGUGUUGUAAUAAGACAAACAGAAAGAGGCAAAGGAUUUGGUAGGAUUUUAAUGCAAAUGUGUGAGGAUUAUUGUGAAAAAAAUGGUUUAAACGUAAUUUAUUUGACUACAAAAGGACAGGAAGGGUUUUAUAAGAAAUUAGGCUUUAAAGAGUGUCUCCCUAUAUCGAUUUAUGGUUAUAGUAGUAAUCUAAAUAUAAGCAAGUCAGUAACGGUAAAAAGUAGUGCUCCUGUAGCACCCCCAAUGCCAAAUACCAAUAAUAUAUUGAGUCAAGUCAAAAUAAAAACACAUAUGAAUAAAGAAUCAAAGAAUGAUCAAAGCAGAUGGUAUGUAGUGAAAGCAAAUGCUUCAAUUUGCGUGGAUAAGCAAAGGUCACUCUAAGGGAGGCCGCACACCAAAGAAACAUGAAACGUGAAACAUGAAACAUAAAACGUGAAACUCGUUUCAUGAAAAUAGAACAAGAACAAACAAAUACAAGUCCGCCCACCAAUGAAACGAAUUUGUUUCAUGCGCGAGAAAGAUUUUUAUUACUUGAAACGUGUUUCAUGAAAUAGAUCGCGUUCUAUUUUUCCGUUUCAGUUUCACGGUUUUUGGUCAUAAAAAAAUUAAUUACGACCAAGAAUUCAAUAUUGUGUUCGUUUUAGUGGUAGAGCAAGAUGGAGAAUUGUAUAAGUAUAACAUGGAGAAGUACUCGAAUAGACAAUCAUAUGAAAAAGCCUGCCAAAAUGUUGCCUAACAGUGAAAAGUACUGUACGGAUUUACCCAGUAAUGUCGUUUCCUUUAUUUUUUUGGCUUUUUGACGAUAAUAGAAAAGUUGCCAUAACAGCAGUUGUUGUUGCUCGUCAACCCUUUUCAUUGUGUGCUACCUUCUAUACUCCACUACACUACCAAAAGACUUUAAAAACAUUAUUCUUGUUUCUUCAAUUAGUAUGCAAGAAAGAAACGGUUUCGCUUUUCGUAAUUUAUUGUUUCAUGUUUUACGUUUCAUGUUUGAUGUUUCACAUUUCAUGUUUCUUUGAUGUGCGGCCUGCCUAAACGUCACUUAUUAAGUGAAAACUUUAUGUUUUGACUUUGACGAUGAAUUUUUUACAAGCUACUGGCUCUACUGACUUGACUGCUAAACUGUGAAAACUUUUUCAAGUCAGUAGAAUUAUUUAUUUGAAAAAAAUCAGUUUUGUUACAAAAAUAAUUGCUUGUAGGUACCUCCUGGAAGACUUUUCUAGUGAAAAACUGUGAGCUACGGCUGCUACUUCAUUCUUCAUUAACAAUAUCUUCUGGCACAUUCAUUUUUUAAAAGAAAACGCGUCAGAAAACUUAUAACUACAUAUAAACAUAAACGACGACCUUAACUUGGUGUCAGUGAUACCAACUACCAAGGCUUUUACUUGUUUGAGAAAAAAAUCAAGGAGAAAAAUAUGAAUUUUACUAUGUAUUCUGUUUUUAUUUGUAUCUAUAUCUUUUACAAAUGAGUAACAAAUCAAUUAUUACACAACUCCCACCCCUAUUUAAAUAAAUUAUUGCGCAUUAUGACAAGCUGGCCUAACGGCUUGCUAGUUAUUUUCUUCAGUAACAAAUGUUUUUCCUGACUAAUAAUCUAAGACUAUUAUUUGUAAGUAUCUGCCACGUUUGUAGGUGGCAAAUCCUUUUUAUAUACAGGGUGUAUAUUUUAAGUGAUACCACUAUUGCUAUUUCUGAAACGGUAAGAGCUACAAGGUAGGUUAAAUUAGAAAAAAGUUGCCUUUUUUUUAUGCCCAUUUAAGACUCGUUUACAGUGUUGCCAAAUUCCCUUUAGUUUAUGAAAUUUCUAAGAAACGCCUAAAAAUAUUUCAUCAAUUAUUUCGAAAACUAUUGAUUUUCGAGACACAUUUUAAAUUUUAAAGUUUUACAAUUUUUUUCGCUCUACAAUAUGGUAUCUUCAAUUUUCAAAUCCGACGUUUCGUGAUCGAGCUACCAUCACCAACUUCAUUUUUUUAAAUACGGACCUAGUGAUCAUCAAUGAUUCUUACCAAAAUUUUACCUUAAUUCGGCCUUGAUGAUCACUUUUUAGAGCAGAAACGUCAGCCAAUCAUACUUGAGAGGUAUAUUGUUGAAAAGGGAAUAAAGGGCGCUUUCUGAAAUUGACAUAAAAAAUCCAGGUCCGUAUUAAAAAAAAUGAAGUUGAUGAUGGUAGCUAGAUUACGAAACGUCGGAUUUGAAAAUUGAAGAUGCCAUGUUGUAGAGCGAAAAAAGUUUUAUAAAACUCUCAAAUUUAAAUUGUGUCUCGAAAAUCAAUAGGUAGUUUUCGAAAUAAUUGAUAAAAUAUUUUUAGGCGUUUCUUAGAAAUCACUCUGUAUUUCAUAAACUGAAAGAAAUUUGACUACACUGUAAACGAGUCUUAAAUGGGCAUCAAAAAAGGCAACUUUUCCCUAAUUUAACCGACCUUUGUAGCUCUUACCGUUUCGGAUAUAGCAAUAUAAUAAUAGUGGUAUCUGUUAUAUUGGCAACAUUGCCAAUAUACGAAAUCAAUAGCGCCCUUCAGUUGGUAUCAAUGCAAAUGAUGCCAUAAUAUACCAUAAGUUACAUUAGAUUCUAAAGUUGCCGUCACUUAACCGAGACUGGGGCGCGAUGUUCAAAACCAUUCGAGUACAUUUCGUACACGAAAUUUGACUGACAGCAAUGUAAAUUAAAUGGGGAGCAGUCAAAUUUCGUGUACGAAAUGUACUCGAAUGGUUUCGAAAAUCGCACCCCUGAAGCGAAAGUGGUGAAAUUACAUGACACAUGUAGAAGCGGCACAAAAAGUUGUACCCAGAUCCUCAAAAUUUCAAUACCAUUGGAUGACGCGUUCCGAAGUUAUCACCUGGGUAAAAUGUUGUGGGACACCCUGUAUAUGAAUGUUUAUGGAAUUUAUGUUAAAAAAAAUAUAAAGUUCAAGUAGUUAAAACAAUAGAGUGAAAUUAAGAUAGUGCGCAAACUUGGCGCCGUAGCGAGACCCCAGAUUCGAAAUCUUCCUCUUCGUUUUUGGAGAAUUGGAGAAUUUAUUCGUAUUCCAAAUAAAUCAUAAUUACCUGCGAAGAAAAUUUUGAUACACCUAAUAAUUCUUCAGCUACCUACUCUAAUUUAAUAUCUGGGAUCAGUGGAUCGAUACUUUUUUCUAGUUUUACCUAUUACCAUUAUACUGAAUUCACUUUACCAAAUACUUGUUUUUAUUUUUUGUGUAGGAAUUAAGGUCUCACUCCUUUUUUAAGUUUGGUGUUUUUCAUAAACUUUUUUAUGUAUGAGUUGCAAAAAAGUGUCAAUAAAUAACUGAACUUGCCAAUAUAGUAAUGUCUUGAAUUGAUUGAAAAUUUAAUAGACAAUAAAAAAAUGUUUUGAAAUAUUUAUGUAUUUGUUCUAUUGACAUUAGUUCUAUGGUUGGUCUAGCAACUGUAGUUAAUAAAAAAAAACUAUGAUAUUAGACUUCUGUUUUAGAGGCCAGUUAGUUUUUAGUUCACAUUGGUGACGCAUAUAAAUAAAAAUAAAGUGGACUCAAGGUCUACUUUCAGUUUUUUGCUGCGUUUGCUUCACAAAUGCAGCACAAGCUUAGUUUUAUCCAUAUCAAAUGAAGCAUUCACUUUCUUGGGGUAGAAAAUGACGUUUUUAAUUUAAAGACUUCGACUUCCUUUUGCUCCAAAGUAUAGGUACAAGGUUUUGGCGUUUAAAUACAGCAUUUCAUUCAUAAAAUAUACAGGGUGUCCCAAAAAGAUACCGACAAACUUUGAGGGGUAGUAGGGGACAUCAAAACAAUCAUUUUUGUUUAUAUAAACAUAUGUCCGCAAAUGAGCCAUUUGGGCUGUAGAGCAAAGAAACUGUUUGGUAUCUAGUUUUAUUCUUCGCAAUAAUUAAAUCACUGUUUACUUAUUAAUUUUGCUUUAUUAGCAAAUAAAUUAUGGUUUACAAUAAUUAUUCAACUCGCGAACUCUUUGGAAUAUGCCGGGAAUAGCUUCUACAUGGGUACAACUCGCCAGUAUCCUUGCUAUCAGAUCUUCCUCAUUAUGAACAGGUGUUUCGUAGACUAAACUUUUCAGUCAAUGACCCGACGGUGUAAUCUUUGCAUUGAAGUAAAUGGUCAACAUUUUGAACAAUUAUUGUAAACCAUAAUUUAUUUGAUAAUAAAGCAAAAUUAAUAAGUAAACAGUGAUUUAAUUAUUACGAAGAAUAAAAGUAUCAAACAGUUUUUUUGCUCUACAGCCCAAAUGGCUCAUUUGCGGACAUAUGUUUAUAUAAACAAAAAUGCUUGUUUUGAUGUCGCCUACUACCCCUUAAAGUUUGUCGGUAUCUUUUUGGGACACCCUGUAUAAUUAUGUUUUUAAUUGCUUUUUGUUGAGUGUGAAUCUUAAUUUUUUGAAAUAAUUUGUUUUUGUUUGAAGAACGUUUUGUUUAUUUUGUCAGUGAUUUGUAUUAUGUGUAAUGAGAAUGGUAAUGUGGAGCUUGGCGCGUUCGCCAGCAUGUAGAGAAUCUAACUUGAAAUCUAGAAAAUACUGCUUUAUUCGGGCAAAAGAUUAUCGCGUUUAUUCUGGAUUCUACAAGAAUAUAUUGCGGAUAUAUGAAGGCCGUUAUUAGUAGUUUUUAAGUUUAAGAUUGACUGUGAUAUGAUUAGAUAGUGAUUAUUGUUGAGAGUUGUAAAGAGUUAAUUAGUGUAUUAAUUAGUCUCAGAGUGUAUAGUAACGUGGAAUAAAU